CGCACUCCCAUCACGAGCGGUGGAUGGGGAUACAGGAGUUACGCAGCCCUGGGUCCCCCCCCGGGCUCAUCCCUGUAUCCCUGGGGCUCAUCCCAGCCCCGUGGGGAAGCUAGAGGGUAGGAAGCGCUACCCCAGCCACGGAGCGUUGCUCAAGGAUUUGCCGUGUCAUGCUGAGUUGCCUGGAAGCGGGAAGGGUCCAAUUCCAUUCUCAGCUGUGAGAGUGAUCAUAGAAUGGUUUGAGUUGGAAAGGACCUUUGAUCAUCUAGUUCCAAUCGCCCUCUUCCUGGCUGUUUCGGGGAGGAUAAAUGGAUGCUGGUGAGUUGGGGGCUGCACAGCACAACUGUGAUCUUGGUUACCACUGAACGGCAGUAAAGCAGAACAUGGCAGGCACGGGGAGCAGAGAAAACAAACUUGUUCCACAGGAAUGCUGGGGGCAGGCUUGAGUUUUAUGCUUUUAGGUGUGUUUCCCCUCAAAAGAGUUGCUGUACAGAAGGUUCUUGGACAGGAAAGGGAUGGCAAAUACCUUUCUCCCAGUAAUCUCAUUCAAAUUAUCAAUGGAAAAAACCCUCAGUUUUACUUAAACACUCUGUCCCUUCCGUAUUUUUCAAGGAAGUGAAGGUAAACAGGCAAAUCACAAGACCUUGAGGCACUGAAGGCACUUAAAACCCUCUUUUGCCAAAGAUCUGUAAUCCCUGAUUUAUUUUUCUGAGCACAGAGCUGGGAUUCGGUACCGGUCUGAUACGGGAUGCUCUCUGCAGAGCAUCCCCUCUGAAACACUGAGCCUUAAAAUGCCAAGACUUACUCUUACCUUCCCUCUAGGUCAAUGUUGGGUGCGUGCCGAAGAAGGUGAUGUGGAAUGCGGCGGUCCACAUGGAGUUUAUCCAUGAUCACGCCGACUAUGGCUUUGAAACACCCAGCAUCAAGUUCAACUGGAGAACCAUUAAAGAGAAGCGUGAUGCUUAUGUGAGGCGCCUCAACGAGAUCUACGAGAAUAACCUCAAGAAGGCUCACAUUGACAUCAUUCGGGGCUAUGGCAAGUUCACUGCUGAUCCUGAGCCUACCAUCGAAGUGCAUGGGAAAAGAUACACAGCUCCUCACAUCCUUAUAGCCACAGGCGGGCACCCAGCUGUGCCUUCCGACAGCCAAAUUCCUGGUGCCAGCCUGGGGAUGACCAGCGAUGGCUUCUUCGACCUGGAGGAGCUGCCCAGGCGCAGUGUGAUUGUCGGUGCCGGCUACAUCGCAGUGGAAAUCGCAGGGAUCCUUUCCACACUGGGCUCCAAGUCAUCCCUGCUGAUCCGCCAGGACAAGGUUCUGAGGACUUUUGACUCCAUGAUCAGCUCAAACUGCACCCAGGAGCUGGAGAACUCUGGGGUGGAUGUCUGGAAGCACACACAGGUCAAGACAGUCACCAAGUCCCCUUCUGGGCUGCUGGAUGUGACAGUGACCUCCUCAGUGCCAGGCCACAAGCCAACGGAGGGAGUGAUCCAGGACGUGGACUGCCUGCUGUGGGCUGUGGGGAGGGAACCCAACACUCAGGACCUGUGCCUGGACCGAGUGGUGAGAUGGCAGCGCUGCUGCAAGGAUGCCCACGGGUCUCCAGGGGUCCCAGAGGUCUCCAGGGGUCCCACGGGUCUCUGGGGAUCCCAUGGGUAUCCAGAGCCUGCCACAGGAUGGUGUUCCCGCCAUGACCUCCCUGCAGCUGGUAGCAUUGUGGCCACCAGCAUAGAUCCCCCAUGGACAUUGCUUGUCCCAUCAGAGCCAGGACACUUUGCCAAAGCGACUGCUGUUUCCCAAUGGCAGGGUGUGCAGAUGGAUGCCAAAGGCCAUGUGGUGGUGGAUGAAUACCAGAACACCACCAGGAGAGGGGUCUAUGCCAUCGGGGAUGUGUGUGGGAGAGCUCUCCUCACCCCAGUGGCCAUUGCAGCUGGCAGAAAGCUGGCCCACAGGCUCUUUGAGGGCAAGCAGGACUCCCGGCUGGACUACCAUUGCAUCCCCACCGUUGUCUUCAGCCACCCGCCCAUCGGCACUGUGGGUCUCACUGAAGACGAAGCCGUGGCCACACACGGGAGGGAGAAUGUGAAGAUCUACAGCACAUCCUUCAACCCCUUGUACCAUGCUGUCACCCAGAGGAAGGUGAAGUGCGUCAUGAAGCUGGUGUGCGCUGGCAAGGAGGAGAAGGUGGUGGGAUUGCACAUGCAAGGACUGGGCUGUGACGAGAUGCUGCAGGGCUUUGCCGUGGCCAUCAAAAUGGGGGCCACCAAGGCUGACCUGGACAACACCGUUGCCAUUCACCCCACUUCUGCUGAAGAGCUGGUGACGCUGCGCUGAGGCAGUGGGCACGGGCAGCUGGGGAAAACCUUUAGAUAUGUCUUAAAAAGUGCCUUAUUGUCAGAUGGCUUGUGUGGAGAGGGGGUCUGUAAGACUGGCGUGGAAAAUAAAUACUGUGAUGUUGGUAAAAGUCUCUACA